AUGCCUAGGUCUUUCCUUGUGAAGAAGAAACGUGCGGCGCAUGGAGCAUGGCAAUGGAAAGAACCAGAACAGCACGAGUGGAAAGAAGAGAACAUUCCAGUGAGUGAAAUGACUAAGGAGCAGAAAUCCUGCAGUUCUGACACCCAACAGCCUGCCACAGUGCCUCUUCCAGUAGCCACUUCUGGAUGUGGGCCAGCAGCAGGAAUUCUAGUUCCAGUGCCUUGGCAAGGAUCAGGAGCACCAGAGGUAGACACCAGGCCAGACUGGUCCACACUAAUGCUCCGUGGCUCCCUCUACCAUCACAGCGCAUUGGCCCUGGUCAGCAGAGCGAAGUCCCGUCCCCGCUCUUCCCCCAUCUCAGGUGACUUUGUGUGCUCAGUGUGUCACAAGAUCUUCCCCCUGCAGCGCAUGUUAACCCGCCACCUGAAGUGCCACAGCCUGGUGAAAAGACAUCCUUGUAGAUUCUGUGGCAAAGGAUUCAACGAUACCUUCGACCUCAAGAGGCAUAUGCGAACACACACAGGUAUCCGUCCUUACAAGUGUGAGCUGUGUGAGAAAGCCUUCACACAGCGAUGCUCUCUGGAGUCCCAUAUGAGGAAGAUUCAUGGCGUUCACCAGCAGUACGCCUACCGCCAGAGACGCUCCAAGAUCUUUGUUUGUGAGGAUUGUGGCUUCACGUCAAGCCGUCCCGAUGAGUACUUCCUUCAUGUGAGACAGUGCCACCCCGGCAGUCCUGCACUACGCAGGUACUACCGCCGCCAGGCCCAUGAGAGCAGCAGCUUCGCAUCUGCGGACCAUAAACUCAACCCCUAUUUGCUGUACUCAACCCCUUCAUACUACAUGAAGGGUUCGCUGUAG